AUGGGAUCUAGGCCGUCAACCCGCAAUGAGUAUCGGAAGGAGGCCAACUUCGACAAUCUACCACAAGAUCUCCUCCUCCAAAUUACAGACUAUCUUGACGUCCAAUCCACUAUCAACCUCUCAUUAAGCUGCAAAGAUAUGCACGCCAUUCUCGAAGAGACCGCCAAGAGAAAAUCCAAAGAUCUUCAGGGCGCCUUGCCAUCAGACGAGGUAUAUAUAAAACAUGACUUUAAAACUCCAGACGGUAUCUGGGCGAGACGCGACGACAUAGAGUAUGACGAAAACCGCGACGACUUUUACGAAGAUGAACACGUCACCCCGUCCGACGACGAGCCCUUUGCACAAGCAGUUCGAAGCGGCAAGUAUGAAAAGGCGCAAUACUACCUGCGGUUAGGGGUCGAUCCCAACGUAUACUGCCUGGGCGGAGCACACAUGCUAAGUCUAGCCGUUCACUCUGGGUCACCCGAGAUGGUACAGCUGCCUUUCGAUUAUGGAGCUGACCUCGAGAACAUUGACUACUGUACCAGUAUGAGCGCGCUAGCACAUGCAGUGUACACACAACAACAAGAUGUAAUCCGAAAGCUGAUCGAGCUUGGUGUGGACGUCAGCAAAGAAGGACUUGCAGGUUACAUUGCCCACACGUGUAGUGUGGAGAUAAUGAAGAUCUUCCUGGAUGCAAACCUGGAUCUGAACCGAGUAGGGGAGCUUACCUGGACCGGUCACCGAGACUUUGAAGACGGCGAUCAUGGAUGGAAGCUAGUGCAUCAUCUGGCCGUGCGCAAUGAUCAGGGCAUGUUUGAUCUUUUGCUACCGCAACUCACGCGCAAGAUGAUAAAUGCACGCAAUCUUCAUGAUGAGACGCCGCUGCAUCUCGCGCUUGAAGGCGAUGAUCCGGGACUUUCUAUGGCGCUUAUUCGAGCCGGCGCUGAUAUCAACGCUCGGGAUUGCGACACUUAUAGCCCUCUUGACCGUGCACUGCUGAAUGGACAUCUGGAAAUUGCUCGCGAGAUCAUAGAAAGGCCAGAUGUUGAGCUUGGGGUUGAGAAUGAGAAUGGAUACACUGAGCUUCAUCUUGCGACACGUCGCGGUGAUGUGGAGAUUAUUCGGAUGUUUCUGCUUCGCGGUGCGAAAGUCAGAAGAGGUAACUGUUUUGACUCUCCGCUCUCUUGUGCAAUUCAGACGAAGCGUCUUGACGUUGUUAAGUUGCUUUGUGAGGAGGCUCAGGACCAUCCGUUUACGAACGACGAGGGUGAUGAUGAUGAACAAGCUGCUGCUAUAGAAGAGGCUCGAGAACUUAAGCAACACGCGAUAGCUGAAUACCUGCAGUCUAUCCCUGCAUCGAGCUAUAAAACUCCCGUUCGACCGACGAAGAAACCUCGGGUGGGAAGGAAAUCGAAAUGA